AUGGGAAAUAAAUAAAAUCAUUUCAAGUGUAGUAAAACCAAAGAAUAAACUGAAAACAGAAGAAUCCAUGGGCUGUCUCCCUACCCCACCCUGGCCCUUUAAUCCCUUUCUAGAAGGUCACUGAUCACCCCUUUAAUUAUAUAUUAUAAAACUUUGCCAGGAAUCGAAGCCGAGCUCACCGGCCUCCAGUUUAAGGUUCCAUUCUCGUUUACCUUUUGUUUCACCUGUGGUUAAGUCCCCGUCCUCCGGCAGCUGGCCACCUGGAUAAGCAAGUGACAAUGACUUUUCAGCCCAGCAGGGCACAUCUCUCCGCAAGUGUCUCCCUUCCAAAUUAGGGCUACCCCAGAACAGGAAUACCUGUGGUUCUGGGAGGGGACACGGUACCAAGGAUGAGAGAGCAUGACUCCAGUUCCCAGCCCCGUAGCCUGUGUCUCUCCUCCAGCCUCAGCGGUCGCUCCUAAAAGGAGAGGGUUGGGCCGGGCAGCUCCUGAGCUCCCUCCGGCCCAACACUCCUGGUCCCGGGCUUGGGGAAUCUCCCCAGGAGAACACUCCUGUCCCAAGAGCCCAGAACUUAAUGGGCGCUUCCUAAAUGCUGGGAGAUGGAUUAUUCCUCGGGGAAAGCGGGGCUAGCCAGCGGGGCUCCUGCCCCCUCAGCCGGGCCCGUUUUGUGGCCCCCCUUUGUGAUGCCGGGGGCACAGAUUGUGAUGGAACAAGGUGCUGGGCAGGCAGCAGGCAGGACGCAGGUGGGCUCUAGGAACCCAGAGCUCUCCAGGCCAAACAUCUGUAGUCAAACAGGCCCCGAACCAGUCAGAGAAGACAGUUCGGCUCCAUAUGGAGAAUUCUUUUCCCUCCUAACGGAAUAAAAGAGAAAAGAUGCUUGAGGAAAAUCCUGGCAAAAAUGAUAACCCAGUUUUGAUUAACAUUAGCCACAGGAAUGAAAAGGGAGACCAUUGUGAAAGUAAGAAGGACCCUCUUAAAAUCUCAAAGGUGACAACACACAGUCAGUCUCACUCGAGUGGCAAGAGCAUCCCAAACUUCAGCACAGAGCUUGACAGGAUAGACUACAUCCUGGUGUGGGAAGAAGGGCCUUCGAAAAAGCAACAUAAGGCCAGGACAAAUCGUGAGAAAUACGAGAAGAAAGACUCUGAGCAUGACAAGUGGAGGCUGAAUUUUUUGACUCAACUCCAGGCUACAGGGCUUCUUGUGGAACAGCAUUUAGUCAAGAGUGGAAAGAGAUCCAUACACUAUGUCUUGCUCCAUGCUCCCUGGAUUGUCCUCUGUUACUACGCUGAGGCUCUCAGGAUAAAGAUGCCCCUGCAGGCCUUGCCCACUCAGUCCUCCCAUGGGUCUACUAAACUGAUGAGAAAACUAGGCAUAUGGAACCCACUGGAUGAGGAGGUUCCCGACAGGCCUCGGGACUAUUACACUUGCCAGUUCAAGGGGACCAAGUUAUCCAGGUUCCUGGGCAGUAACAGUCCCAAGACUUUCUUUGCCAGCACCAUCAGGCACCAGAUUCUCUCUGAGAUCCUAGAGAAGACAAGCUUUGGACACGAAAGGAAAGGGCUGUUUGGGAUCGAGCAUCUGCUGUCUGAGAAAGUCUUCAAGGCGGCGUUUCCUCCACAUGAUGGUCCCUUCCAAAUCCCCCCAGAGGGACUGGCCCCCGAGGAAAUGAAUCAGAGGCAAAUCCUCUACCAUUACUGGGCCAAGUGGAGCAAAUGGAUGAAGUACCAGCCGCUGCAUCAUGUCCGAAGGUACUUUGGAGAGAAGAUAGCCUUCUACUUUGCCUGGCUGGGCUUUUACACGGCGUGGCUCCUGCCAGCAUCUUUGGUGGGAGUUGUGGUCUUCCUGGUGGGCUGUUUCACUGUGAGCAUGGACAUCCCAACGCAAGACAUCUGUGACAUUGAGCAGGACCGUUGGAUGUGUCCCCUUUGCAGUGACUGCCCAUUCUGGAAGCUGUCGAGCAUCUGUAAGAUCACGAAGAUCAGCCGCCUCUUUGACAACAGUGGGACUGUUUUCUUCAGUGUCUUCAUGUCUCUGUGGGCCGUGACAUUCCUGGAGUACUGGAAACGCAGGAGCGCCAGGUUGGCCCAUCUCUGGGACUGCUACGACUACAAAGACUAUGAGGAGCAGCCUCGGCCCAAGUUUGUGGUCAUGGCGCCCAUGACAACUCGGAACCUGGUCACCAACCUCGAAGAGCCCUUCUUCCCCAAAAAGAGUUAUUUCCAGCGCGCCUUCAUGUCGGCCUCCAUCAUCAUCGCCAUGGUUGCCACCAUAGUGCUGCUCCUGAUAGCCAUCAUCCUCUACCGGGCCACCGUCACCAUCUUGGUAUCCAAAUCCAGAAACAUCUUCCUCCUGAAAUGGGCACCUUGGAUUGCUGGUUUCACAAGUGCCAUUAUGAAUCUUUCCUUCAUCCUCCUCCUGGCCAAGAUCUAUGUCCCAGUCGCAUAUGCUCUGACCAACUGGGAAAUGCACAAAACCCAGUCCAAGUUUGAAGAUUCUUUUGUUUUAAAAGUGUUUAUUUUCCAGUUUGUCAACAUCAACUCCUUUCUGAUCUACAUCGCCUUCUUCAAGGGGAGAUUUUCAGGUUACCCGGGAAACUACCGCACCUUUUUUGGAAUACAAAAUGAAAAUUGCAUCAAUGGUAGCUGUUUUGUUGACCUUGCCCAGGAAAUGCUGAUCAUCAUGGUGGGCAGACAAAUCUUCAUUAGCCUGUUGGAAAUCUUCAUCCCGAAACUCCAAGUAUGGAGACACAGAAAAAAUCUUUAUGCUAAGCAAAAUAAGAAAAAGGAGGAGGAGAACUCAAAUAGCCUUGGGGAGACAAACUAUGAACUUCUGAAAUAUGAGGGACUGUUUGAGGAAUAUCUGGAAAUGGUGAUACAGUUUGGAUUCAUUACCAUUUUUGUGGUCGCCUGCCCUCUUGCACCACUGUUCACUCUCCUCAAUAACUGGAUUGAGAUCCGCCUGGAUGCCCAAAAGUUUGUCUGCCAGUACCGGCGCCCUGUGGCAGAAAAGGCCCAGAACAUUGGCAUCUGGUUUCAAAUCCUGCAGGUUUUGACCCAUUUGGCUGUCUUAAGUAACGCCCUCCUUAUCGCCUUCACGUCGGACUUCCUUCAGAGGACCUAUUACCAGUACACCCAUUCUUAUGACCUCCACGGUUACAUCAAUUUUACCCUGGCCCAGGCUCCCAAGGCUUUUGUGCUCGUCUCCAACCACACGUGCAGGUACCAAGCUUUCAGAGAAGGCAGCGGAAAGCGUUCUUUCACCUUCUGGAACCUCCUGGCCAUCCGCCUGGCCUUCAUCAUCAUCUUUGAGCACGUCAUCUUCCCCGUGGCCUGGCUCAUCAAUGUCCUCUUGCCCGACGUCCCCGAAUCGGUGAAAGUCAAAGUGAAGCAGGAAUACUUCCUGGCCAAGCAAGCCCUGGCUGACCAUGAGAUUCUCUUUGGAACAAACAAAGCCAAAGACCAAGACAUUAAACGGGAAUUAGAAGAUCAGGAAAGCUUGCACCCAGUUCAACAAGCAGGAGCGGCGGGAGAGGAGCUUGAUCUGGGAACAAAAUGAGUCUCUUGGCUGUUGUCACGAACUUGAUGUCGGGGAUCACCUCUGGGCCAGUCAAGGUGUGACCUGACCGAGAAUUCUAAGCCUCGGAGGCGGCUGUACCCUGUCCUCCCUCCAUGGGGACGGGACCCCACAUGCACAGAGGGCUCCCCCUACUCAUGCCCAGCCCCCUCUCCUCUCCAAAGCUCCUGAUGACCACCUGGAGUCGCAGAGGCCCUCCAGGAGGGGCAGAGCCGCAGAAGUCCAACCUGCAGGGCUCCAAACCAAGGUCUUCCCCAAAAUGCCCCCAAUGGUCACUGCCCAUCUCGUUCGGGCGAUGGGUGCGGAAUAUGGAAGCCCCUUCCCCUCAUACAGAUCUCCAUGGGCCAGAGCCUUAGAUCGCCUGCGGUCACUGCCGCUUAAGCCAACGUUUAAGCUUCUCUGCUUCGGGGCUAGAAUGGUUUCUGUUGGAGCAUCUUGGGGGGAAGUGCCAGCAGCAAGUGAGCCCAGGCAGACCCUGUCAGUAAGAACUGCUGCCCAGUCUGGGUCGCAGAACCGAAGCAACGCUUCUUAGCAAGUCUCCAGGAGGACUGGAAGCUCCUACUCUGUGUUUUCAAACAAUUAAACCUCUCAAAAUCAGUU